AUGGAGCAAGGGAUGGUGGUGGAUUUAGAGUCUCAGGCUGAUAGAAGACCAGACAGUGAAACCCCCGGUAUCUUCAAGAAUGCCAUUCGACCCGUCACAGUGAAGUUUGAAGACGUGGUUUACAAAAUCAAAGCUAAGAAGAGCACCAAGUCCGAAGAGAAAGUGAUCUUAAACAGCGUCAACGGCCUAGUUCAACCCGGCGAAAUCUUAGCCAUGCUCGGCCCCUCCGGAAGUGGCAAAACAACCCUCCUAUCCGCACUCGGAGGCAGACUUGGAGGCCGACUAGGAGGUUCCAUAACCUACAACAACAAAACCUUCACAAACACAAUGAAAAGAAACACCGGCUUUGUAACGCAAGACGAUUUUCUCUACCCGCAUUUAACGGUGACAGAAACCCUAGUCUUCACGGCACUUCUUCGCUUGCCCAACACGCUAUCCAAGAGAGACAAGGUUAUGCAAGCCAAUGCAGUGAUUACACAGCUCGAAUUAACCAAAUGCAAGAACAGUGCCGUUGGUGAUCAGUUCAUGAGGGGUAUUUCGGGCGGGGAGAGAAGACGGGUUAGUAUAGGACAAGAAUUACUCGUAAAUCCCAGCUUGCUCUUCCUGGAUGAACCGACGUCGGGGCUCGAUUCAACGACGGCUCAGCGGAUUGUCUCGGCACUGUGGGAUUUGGCAAGUGGUGGGAGGACGAUCGUGAUGACUAUACAUCAACCUUCAAGUAGGCUGUUUUACUUGUUUCAUAAGGUGAUGUUGUUAUCGGAAGGAAACUGUUUGUAUUUUGGGAAGGCGUCAGAGGUUAUGGAUUAUUUUUCGGGCAUUGGCUAUGUUCCUUUGAUCGCUAUGAAUCCUGCAGAUUUUCUGUUGGACCUUGCUAAUGGUCUGGCACCUGAUGGAUCAGUUGACAAUAAGAGCAAGGUGAAGCAGAAUCUGGCCUUGGCCUACAAGAAUAACCUUUUAGAUAGAUUGAAAACUGAACUUCAAGAAACCAAUAACUCCAGUCAAUUUCAAGAUGGAUCUGCACAAAACAAGAAGUUUGGGAAAUGGCCCACAACUUGGUGGCAGCAAUUCUCUGUGUUGCUGAGGAGAGGAAUGAAAGAGAGGAGGCAUGAGGCCUUCUCUGGUCUCAAGAUUGGUCAGGUGUUGGCUGUGGCUCUUCUUGUUGGCCUACUAUGGUGGCAAUCUGAUAUUGCACACUUGCAGGAUCAGAUUGGGCUUCUCUUCUUUAUGUCUGGAUUUUGGGGUUUCUUCCCUCUCUUCCAAGCAAUCUUCACCUUUCCACCAGAGCGCAAGAUGCUUGAAAAGGAAAGAGUUUCAGGCACAUACAGACUCUCCUCCUAUUUCAUGUCGAGGAUUGUUGCUGACCUCCCAAUGGAACUUGUCCUUCCAACCCUAUUUGUCACAAUAACAUACUGGAUGGCAGGCCUCAAACCGUCGGCUGCAAACUUUUUCCACACCUUGUUCGCUCUGCUCCUCAGUGUUUUAGUAGCUCAAGGCAUGGGGCUUGCUCUUGGGGCUUUGGUGAUGGACCAGAAAAAGGCGACGGUUCUCGCAUCAGUCAUCAUGUUGUCAUUUCUUCUAGCUGGUGGCUACUAUGUUCAACAUGUUCCUGCUUUUAUCUCUUGGAUCAAAUACAUAUCACUAAGCAACUACUCCUACAGGCUCCUUCUGGGUUCUCAGUACAAGAAAAGUGAGACCUACCCAUGUGAUGGUAGGGUUUGCUCAGUUGGAGAAUUCCCAACUAUAAAAUCUGCUGGGCUCGAUGGACAAUCGAGUGCUGUGGUUGCUUUGGUCAUUAUGGUUAUGGGUUACAGGUUCAUCAGUUAUUUAGCUCUCAUGAGGAUUGGAAUUACAAAGAAGAAGCACCCUUAGAUUCUUAGUUAAUUAUAUAUUAAAGAUAACAAGCUAGUUUGGUUUGUAGGGAAGACAGAAGAGAGGUUCACAAAUGAUUAGUACUUGUAGAUUAUAUAUGCAGUUCUUGAUCUUUUGGGUAGAUAUUUUCUUCCCAAGUUAUAAGAGAGACAUAUGUGAGAUACGCAGUUUGUGUGAGUUUUUCAAUAGCAGGGUAGAGAUCAUGUAGACAUUUGGUGUGCUCUGACAUUACAUCUAUGAAUAAUAUUGUGACAAUAGUAUUUUCGGGCCA